AUGUUGAAGGAAUCAGAAAAAAAGGUGAAACAUUUUUUUAUAUCAGAGGAAGAAAUAAGAGAAAUGCAACAAAAAGUGCCCGAUGAGUUGAUUGCAUUGCCAGGCACAACGAGAAUUCAUCAGAUUAUCACAACUGCAAAGCAAGAUUCAGAUGAGACUAUUUACUAUGAAGAAGAUGUUAUGCUUGAAGAGAUACUCGAUAUAGAAGAACUAGAAAUAAAUGCAGAUAGUGUUGACAAUAUUGAAGAAAUUAAAACAGAGCACAUUGAACCGGAAAUGGCUGAUGAUCCUGAAAAUGAUGAGAUGAUGAUAGAUUUACUUAAACAAAAAGAGAGCUUGUGCAAGCACCAGCAUUAG